UCCCUGCUUGUCUGGCCUAGGUCACGCCAUCAACUCUCGGGACCCCCCAAAAUGGUGCAAAGUGAACUUCAACUACAGCCCAGAGCAGGCAGACGAGCUGAAACUUCAAACUGGGGAGAUUUUGGAAGUGAUAAAGGAGAUUGAGGACGGCUGGUGGCUGGGAAAGAAGAACGGGCAGUUGGGAGCCUUCCCAUCCAACUUUGUGGAAUUGCUGGACAGUGGGCCCCCAAGUGAGACCGUGACCCUGUGAUCCCCUGGGACCAGACUCAGCGAUCUUCAGCGAUCUUCCCAGUGACCCCCCCCGACCUUGUGACCCCUUUGUCCCUCUCUCUUGACCUAGCUAAAAUAGCACCUCCCUAACGUCAUCAAUUAUUCCUCUGCAGGCCUUGGAAAUACAGACAUGCCUUCAAUCAUCCCUAGUUCACAGAGGCCUCCGAAGCUGAGCAACUUGACCUAUGACAGUCCUCCAGACUACCUGCGGACAGUCUCCUGCCCUGAGACCUGCAGGGUCCUAUUUGACUACCAGCCCGAGGCCCCAGAUGAGUUGGCACUGCAGAAGGGGGACCUGGUGAAAGUUCUGAGAAAGACAACCGAGGAUAAGGGCUGGUGGGAAGGAGAAUGCCAAGGCAGACGAGGAGUUUUUCCAGACAACUUUGUCAUCCCACCGCCCCCAAUCAGGAAGCUGAUCCCUCGGAAAAUUAUAUCUCGGGAAUCAGCUCCUACUAAGGAAACAAAGAAACUGAUGCCUAAGUCAUCUCUACCUACUGUGAAGAAACAGACAGCGGCCUCUGCACCAGGCAGAGCCAAGACACCUUCAACACCCAGUGGAGACAGCCAGAAACGCCCCUCCCGAAAUUCUGGCUUCAAUGGAAGCUGCCUCAAUGCGGGGCCCAGGCAGCCUGGGAGAAAGGGAUCCAGAACCCAGGCUUCCCAACAGCAUUCUGCAUCAAGUCAGGAGGAUGAACAGAAAAGCCCAGGGAAGGGUCCCUCCAGGAAUAAAACCCCCACUCCAGAGAAGACUCGGCUUCCAGAUAAGGCCCUUGACCCAGAGAAGAUCGCGGCUCCUGACAAAGUCUCCAUUCCAAAGGACCCUGUUUCAGAGAAAGCCCCUGAUUCUGACAGAAUUCCCACUACAGAGAAUAUCACCCUGGACAAGUCGGGCACUCCAGAGAGCAUCCUUUCUGGGGAUGAAGCCCUUGACAUGAAAACAGCCCUUCAUGAGGACAAUGCCCCUGCAUUAGUAAAGAUCUUGACCCCAGAGCACAUGAUUUUUAAAGAGGAGCCUUCUAGAGACAACACUGAAGGCCAGCACCCGCCUCAAGAAGAAACUGCACAGAGAUCUGAGUCUCCUGCAUCCUCAAAUGACAUCCAGGUGCCAGGAGGUCACUCCCCACGGCCUAACUCCUCAGAGAGGUCCUGCUGUCAUGUAAAACAGGUGCAAGACUCCUCCUCAGCCCUGUCCAAGGCUGAGGAUGUGUCUGCCAUGGAGGAGGCCAAUGUUUUAGAGGAGUCACUAGCCAAAGAUGAGAGGACCCUAAACAAAGCACUCCCCCAAAAGCUGCCUUCUGAAGGGGUGGGUCCCCAAGAACAAGUGCCUCCUAAAGAGUCCAUCCCCACUUCCCAAGUGCCACACACCAUCCAGCAGUUUCCAGGCCCUGGAGAAGCUCCCACACUUCAUCCCUUGGCCCCACUAACCUCUCUCAAAAGCAAGGACGACAGCAUGGAUGUAUUAGAAUCCUUAAAGGAAGAGGUGGGAUCGCUAAGGAGCAGGCUGGAGCUUCUAGAGUUGAAGCUGGAACAGAAGAUGGGGGAUGUCUGGGAGGAGCUGAAGACUGAGAAGCUCCACUCACCGGAGGUUCAGAUGAUGCAGAGGAACCAGAAAUCCUUCAAACAGGCACAGACACAGACAGAAACACAGACGGAAUAAGAGCAGGUUCAGGCCGAACCUCAACCCAACCUGGAGGGACAUCUAUCCUGCUUGGGCCACCCCGGUCCUUGCACACAACUUUGAGAAACUCCAUGGAAGUAAAAAGAAAACUCUCAACACUCAAA